GCAGCGGGACUCCAGGCUCUCACUUCCCCAGCUGCUGACGUCAGCUGGCAGCCUGGGCUGUGCUCGCCGCUCCGGACAUAGCGCCGAGAAAAAUGCUGCUCUCCGUACCGUCAAGGCCAGGAAUCAACCCAUACAACGGCUAUAACAGCAGAAACAGCAAAAAGCAGACCUAUGUGUCCUCCGGCCACCAGAUGGCACCCCCCAGUCCCAACACCAACAGUAGUAGCAACAGCAGUGGAGGGGAACAGCUGAGCAAAACCAAUCUGUAUAUUCGCGGCCUCCAUCCGGGGACCACGGACCAAGAUCUGGUCAAGCUCUGCCAACCGUAUGGCAAAAUUGUGUCGACCAAGGCCAUUCUGGACAAAACUACCAACAAAUGUAAAGGCUAUGGCUUUGUGGAUUUCGACAGUCCGGCAGCAGCACAGAAAGCUGUUACAGCUCUGAAAUCCACUGGGGUCCAGGCUCAGAUGGCCAAGCAACAGGAGCAGGACCCCACCAACCUCUACAUCUCCAACCUGCCCGUGUCUAUGGAUGAGCAAGAGCUGGAGAGCAUGCUCAAGUCUUUUGGCCAGGUCAUUUCCACACGCAUCCUCCGAGAUGCUAAUGGGACCAGCCGCGGCGUUGGAUUUGCCAGGAUGGAAUCCACGGAGAAGUGCGAGGCCAUAAUUCAGCAUUUCAAUGGCAAAUUCAUCAAGACUCCACCAGGAGUACCCGUGCCCACAGAGCCUUUAUUAUGUAAGUUUGCAGACGGAGGUCAGAAGAAGAGGCAGAACCAGAGCAAAUAUCUCCAAAAUGGAAGACCUUGGGCUAGAGACGGAGAUACGGGAGGAAUGACGCUUGCGUAUGACCCCACAGCCUUACAAAAUGGCUUCUACUCCUCACCUUACAGUCUGGCUCCAAAUCGAAUGAUUGCUCAGACUUCCCUCUCUCCCUACAUGCAUUCUCCUGUCUCAUCCUACCAGGUACACAACCCGUCCUGGAUGCACCAUCAGUCAUACCUCAUGCAGCCAGCUGGUACAGUUAUUACCCCAACAAUGGAACAUGCCAUGUCCAUCCAGCCCACAUCCAUGAUGGGACCUCUCACCCAGCAACUAAGCCACCUGUCUCUGGGCAGCACAGGCACAUAUAUUCCGGCCAAUACAACUAUGCAGGGGACCUACAUCCCCCAGUACACCCCAGUGCCUCCUUCCAGCGUCCCAGUAGAGGAAAACGGUGGCCAGCAGCAGCAGGUUGCAAUGGAGACUCCUACAGAACACACAAACUACUCAUACCAACACACCAAGUAAAGCUAAGCUCCCGGCAGGGUGGGGCCGAGGGCGUGAAAUCAAUCCAACCAAAUAGGAUUCAGCUGGAAGAGAUCUGUGCUCCAUACCAUCACCAAGCAACCCGACUUGAACAUGGAUAACAAAAGGAACACGUGUAUGCCUGCGAGUGUGUUUGUUUGUGUGCGUGUGCGUGUCUGUUGUUUGUUUGUUUCUGUGUUUUUUGUUUUGUUUGUUUUGUUUUUUUUUAAAGAAAAAGGACAACACUUAACAUCAUCAGACUUUUCAGCUCACAUCCUCAAGAGCUGAUCAACCAAAGGUGGGAAUCUUCUUCAAGAGAAGCUUUGAUCUAUUUUGAUAACUGAAAAAAAAAGGAACGUAACAAAAAAAGAAGUUUAAAAACUCUUUAAAAAAAAAAAAAUUAAAAGAGGAGGAAAA